AUGUCUCGCCGCCGUUGUGCUCUGUCGCCGCGCUGCCGUCAGCUGCGCCCUCCUGCAUUGAUUGGCUAUGUUCACACUGCAGGAGCGACUGUUGUUCAUCAAUUCUGCCAUCUUGGCUCUUUCUCUUUUCUUGGUGGUGGUUUUGUGGUUUCACAAGAUAUUCCAAAGUACACAAUGGUAGCCGGAGAAAGAGCGGAGCUUCGGGGUCUAAAUUUAGUGGGCCUAACUCGACGUGGAUUCAGCACUGCAGAGAUCAGGAACCUUAAAGCAGCCUAUCGGAAGAUAUUCAUGCAUGCUGAUGCUAAUGGCGGGUCAUUGAAGGAUAGGCUUGCCGAAGUGGUAUUUCUCUGUAUUGCUUUAUCGCUUUCAGGUAGCCAUGAUUUGUAGUAACUUAGCACUGUCACAUUAUAGACAUAAUUGCGCUGGUGUGGGUAACUACCCCCUUUCCCCGGUGGCACACGCAAAAGAAAAAAGAAAAAGGAAAGAAAACUGCAUGUUGCAUUUUGUCUGAUAUAAAUUUCUAACCUAAGGUUGUUAAUAAAUAGAUCUCUUUUAUUUCACAAGAUAUAUAUUUUUAGUGAGAAUAUGAAAGUAAAAGCAUUAACAUUGUACUGUG